CAAUGUUGAACUACUGCAGUUGUUAGAUCACUCUUGUCGUGCGGGUAGUGUCAAUGAAGAUGAUUUGGGUGUUCUUGGUGUCUCAGCUGGCUAGCUGUGUCAGCGCCCAGACCAUUGGCUGUAACAACACUGUACAUGCCGACGGUACAACGACCUAUCAACUCUCAGAGCCCCUGCCAGGAUCGCCCUCAACCUGUGUAAGGCAGUGGUUGGAUGCAAAUGAUACUGUUCUCACCACUGACAAAGACAUUGACAAAGAUCGUGUUGUGGUUCAGACCAGUCAAUCUAUUACCACCACAGGCUGCAUGGACAGACUGAAGUACUUAGAGGAAUGCACACAUAAUAAAAAGAUGUCAUUUCGUGAAGCAGAGUGCCUUAGUAACUGCAUUGUGAAGCCGUUUAACCUGGAACACGUUGAAUCAGAGCACAAUAUAUGUUUUGGUGAUUGGUGUGUAUCAGAGAUAACAUUUGGGCUUGCCUUUGGGAUAUCAGCUGCUGUCAUCAUCAUCAUCCUGGUUCUCCUUAUUCGCUACAAGAUCCACAUUUACCGAGUGUGCGUGUUUGUUAGAAGUUGGGUGAAUGGGAGCACUAGAGAACCCUCUCCUGACCCAGAGAAGUCCCAGACCCACCCUGCUCCUGCUCCCAUUGUCAAGUACUCCACUGUGAACCAGCAGGCAACAGUCAUCGUGUGAAAAGGGACCAGGGGGUGAAGGGGCGGAGGGAAAGAGAGAGAGGAGGGAAAGAGGAGGGAGAGAGAACAAGAUGUAGAGGUUAUAGGAGAGGAAGGAAAGAGGUUUAUUUGCUUUGAGUUCACUUCCUGGCCAGAGUCGUCAUUGGAAAUGAAAAUAGGUUCUCAUCCAGCCAACUUGGUCACUUAAAGGCUACUUCCCCAGAGUCAGAUGAACUUGUGGAUAACAUUUGUGUGUAUCUGCGUCCAGUAUGUAGGAAGUUAGAGGUAGUUUCGCGAGCCAAUGCUAACUAGCAAUUGCGCAAACGCUAGUGAGCAACUUCCUUCAUACUGGAGGCAGAUACAUAAAAAUGGUAUCCAUGAGUUCUUCUGAUUCUGGGGAAGUAGAUACAGGGCCUCAUUGACCAGAUCCUGAACUAUCCCUUUAAAGGAUGAACAAGUAGUACACUGGCUGUAUAGUAAGGACUAUAUGGUUCUGCUAUUGCUGGGAUGGGUUUCUGUUUCAUUGAUUAUUUUCCCGCUACUUGUGGAGUUAUUAUUACUAUACGAGAUAUAAUAUAAAUAUCAUAAUAAUGUAUUUCUAUAUGACACAUUCCAUUGCUAUGUGAUUGAAUUUACUGAGUAAUAGCUCAAAUAUUACUGAAAUCAAAUGCUGCUCCAUAUAAUAAUAUUAUGAAUUAUAUAAUGAUAUAUGGUUAUAGAACCUAUCACUUAAAUAUAUUUUAUUAUUUAUCACAUAUAUAUAUUAUUAUAACGGUGGAGGGAAGUAGACCUCUGAAUGACCCGAUGCACUAAAGAAAAUAAGCUAACCCGCUGUAGAAGCGCCCGAGUGGCGCAGUGGUCUAAGGCACUGCAUCGCAGUGCUAGCUGUGCCACUAGAGAUCCUGGUUCGAAUCCAG